CCGCCGCCCGCCCCGGGCCCUGCGCGCCGCGGCCGCACCUGCCGGCGAGACCGUCCCCGCGCUUGACCGCCCGCCGCUCCGCCCACCGGCCCAUGGCUCGGCGCCCCGGGCCGGGACCCCCGCACUCGGGCCGCGCGGCGCACGGGCGGGCGGGCCCCAGGGGCGCCGUCCUUGCAGCCUGAGCGCGGUUCUCGCGGCGAGCGGGGGGCGUGGGCCCUCUCCCGGCGCGCCCGCUCUCCCUGCCUCGCCGGGCGACCGCCCCGACCGCGCGGCCCCAGCUGGAUGCGGUGGGGCCCCGGCGGGCGGCGCGGCGGCCGCGGCCCCGGACGACAUGUACCUGCUGGACGGCAGCGGGGAGCCCGCGUCUCCGCCGGCGGACGCGAUGCCGCGCGGGACGCCCCCCAGGAAGACAGUCUACCGCAUCUCCGUAACCAUGGUCAGGAAGGAGCAGCUGACCGCGCCGGGCCCCGGCGGCCCCGACUCGCGCCCGGCUCGGAGACCCCGGCCUGCGCGCUCCCCAGACGCGCCCGGGCGGCUCGUGGAGGAGGCCGAGGAGGCGGCGGGCGCUGAGGACCCGGAGGGCUGCCGGCCGCGCGCCUGGGACUUCCGCACCUUCCGUACCCGCAGCACCGGGCAGCUGGAGCUCGGGCGGCUCCGGCCGUGCGCACGCGGCCACGGACCUGCGGACCUAGCCGGUAGCCCCCCAGCCAUGGAGGAGGGGCCCGGCUCGCCUGCGCCCUGCAGCCCCGACGUGGAGGGAGCUCGGGCCGCGCCCCUGCGGCGAAGUCUCAGCUUCAGGCACUGGAGCGGGCCCGAGGCGCCGCAGGGCCGGGCCCUCGGCCGCAGGAGGCGCCACAGCAGCUCCGGGAGCCUGGCCUGGGCGCCAUGCGAGGAGGUUGCGGCCGGCGAGACUGCAGCCGCCCCCGGGGCCACCCUGGAGCCCGCGGCUGCCGCGCAGCCCUCUUCAGAGAAGCGCAACACCCUGGACGUGGGUGAGGUGCUCAGCAAGAAUGAUGCGCUCUCGGACCUGGAGCGCUGGGAGCGCAGCAAGAGCAAGAACCGCACACUGGACAACAGCGACCUGCAGCGGCUGGAGCGCGCGCGGGCCGCGGCCGCUGGCCCCGGCGCGGCCUCGGAGCACCGGCUGCUGCGCUUUUUCAGUGGCAUCUUCGCGCGCAGGGAUGGCGCGCCCGGCGGCGGCCCUUCCCUCCGGAGCGGCGCCGGGUCGCGGCCGCGCGGCUACUUCAGCAGCCUGCGGCGGGCCCCGGCCGACGCGCACUCGUCCAGCGCCGAGAGCAUCGACGGGUCCCCGCGCAGAGAUGCCUUUGUGAAUAGCCAGGAAUGGACGCUAAGUCGAUCUGUGCCGGAGCUCAAAGUGGGAAUUGUGGGUAACCUGGCCAGCGGCAAGUCGGCCCUGGUGCACCGGUACCUGACCGGCACGUACGUCCAGGAGGAGUCUCCAGAAGAUAUGGAUGCAGGUGGCAGAUUCAAGAAGGAGAUUGUCGUGGACGGACAAAGCUAUCUGCUGCUGAUCAGAGAUGAAGGGGGCCCCCCAGAGGCACAGUUUGCCAUGUGGGUGGACGCUGUUAUAUUUGUCUUCAGCUUGGAGGAUGAGAUAAGUUUCCAGACCGUUUACCACUACUACAGCAGGAUGGCCAACUAUCGGAACACGAGCGAGAUCCCUCUGGUUCUAGUGGGAACCCAGGAUGCCAUAAGUUCCACCAACCCGCGGGUCAUCGACGACGCCAGGGCGCGGAAGCUCUCCAGCGACCUGAAGAGGUGCACAUACUACGAGACGUGUGCCACGUACGGGCUGAACGUGGAGAGGGUCUUUCAGGACGUUGCCCAGAAGAUUGUUGCCACAAGGAAGAAGCAGCAGCUGUCCAUAGGACCCUGCAAGUCGCUGCCCAACUCUCCAAGCCACUCGUCUGUGUGUUCCGCGCAGGUGUCUGCUGUGCACAUAAGCCAGACAAGUAAUGGAGGUGGGAGCUUAAGUGACUAUUCCUCGUCCGUCCCGUCGACGCCAAGCACCAGCCAGAAAGAACUACGGAUCGAUGUCCCUCCCACUGCCAACACGCCGACGCCCGUCCGGAAGCAGUCCAAGCGCCGGUCCAACCUUUUCACCUCUCGGAAAGGGAGUGACCCAGACAAAGAGAAGAAAGGCCUGGAGAGUCGUGCGGACAGCAUCGGGAGCGGUCGAGCCAUCCCAAUUAAACAGGGCAUGCUGUUGAAGCGAAGUGGCAAGUCCCUGAACAAAGAAUGGAAGAAGAAAUAUGUCACCCUGUGUGACAAUGGCGUGCUGACCUACCAUCCGAGUUUACAUGAUUACAUGCAGAAUGUUCAUGGUAAAGAGAUUGACCUUCUGAGAACCACUGUGAAAGUCCCAGGGAAGAGGCCACCCCGAGCCACGUCGGCCUGUGCGCCCAUCUCCAGCCCUAAAACCAAUGGCCUGUCCAAGGACAUGAGCAGUUUACACAUCUCACCAAAUUCAGGGAAUGUCACUAGUGCGUCUGGGUCUCAGAUGGCAAGCGGCGUCAGCCUGGUCUCCUUCAACAGCCGGCCGGACGGCAUGCAGCAACGCUCCUAUUCUGUCUCCAGUGCCGACCAGUGGAGUGAGGCUACGGUCAUUGCAAACUCGGCCAUCAGCAGUGUGGCAGACACGGGGCUGGGCGACUCGGUGUGCUCCAGCCCAAGUAUCUCCAGUACCACCAGCCCCAAGCUCGACCCGCCCCCCUCCCCUCACGCCAACAGAAAGAAACACCGAAGGAAGAAAAGUACCAGCAACUUCAAAGCCGACGGGCUCUCCGGCACCGCUGAAGCCAAACGCAAAGCAUGGAAACUAAACCGUGUUGGUAGCCUGCGAAAUAUAUACAGCAGCAGCAGCACCAACACUGAAGAACAAGAAGAAAACUUUGAGUUUAUCAUUGUGUCCCUCACUGGCCAGACGUGGCACUUUGAAGCCACCACAUAUGAGGAGCGAGAUGCGUGGGUCCAAGCCAUCGAGAGCCAGAUCCUAGCCAGCUUACAGUCAUGUGAGAGCAGCAAGAAUAAGUCCCGACUGACGAGCCAGAGUGAGGCCAUGGCCUUGCAGUCGAUACGAAACAUCCGGGGGAAUUCCCACUGUGUGGACUGCGAGACACAGAAUCCCAACUGGGCCAGUUUGAACUUGGGAGCCCUCAUGUGCAUCGAGUGCUCAGGGAUCCACCGGAAUCUUGGCACCCACCUUUCUCGAGUCCGAUCCCUGGACCUGGACGACUGGCCCAUUGAGCUCAUCAAGGUGAUGUCGUCCAUUGGGAACGAGCUGGCCAACAGUGUGUGGGAAGAGAGCAGCCAGGGGCGGACGAAGCCCUCGCUGGACUCCACAAGGGAAGAGAAGGAGCGGUGGAUCCGGGCCAAGUACGAGCAGAAGCUCUUCCUGGCCCCGCUGCCGUGCACGGAGCUGUCCCUGGGCCAGCACCUGCUGCGAGCCACCGCUGACGAGGACCUGCGGGCCGUCAUCCUGCUGCUGGCGCAUGGCUCCCGGGACGAGGUGAACGAGACCUGCGGGGAGGGCGACGGCCGCACGGCGCUGCACCUGGCCUGCCGGAAGGGGAACGUGGUCCUGGCCCAGCUCCUAAUCUGGUACGGGGUGGAUGUCAUGGCCCGCGACGCCCACGGGAACACGGCGCUGGCCUACGCGCGGCAGGCCUCCAGCCAGGAGUGCAUCGACGUCCUGCUGCAGUACGGCUGCCCGGAUGAGCGCUUUGUGCUCAUGGCCACCCCCAACCUGUCCAGGAAGAAUAAUAACCGAAACAACAGCAGUGGCCGGGUGCCCACCAUCAUCUGAGGGGCCCGCCUGCCCCGCCACGCCCGGGCCGGCCACAGCCUCCAGCGCCCUCCCCCGGAUGUUACAACACGUGAGUCCCGUCGCGUCCCCUCGCUCUUCCUGGUGGCCACCUGCCACCCGCCCCACCCCGAGCAAAAUCACCAAACCUGGACAGUCCUCAGGGGGCGAAGAGGAGAAGAGGAGGCUGCAGAUUCGAUUCCUUUCCAUAAACCACCCCUCCGAUCGACAAACAGGAGCGACCGGCGGGCCCGAGUGGGUUGACGAUAGCACACGGCGGCGCGGGACCUCGUCCCCGUGGCCCGUAGACAGAGCACGGCACAAGGGAUGGGACGAGCGGGGGGCGGGGGGGAGGGGAGGCAAGGCGUGGGGAGAGGGGGUACCUCUCCUUAACUGGCAGUUAAGCCCAUCAGUACAUUUCACCUCUACCAAACGGAACGCUUGGGUUUCAUCUCUUCUCCGAGGAGCUUGACGGCAUAAAUCAGAAGCAAGCAGAGUUUGUCAGGUUUGAAGCCCCUAUGAUGGUAUGUGUCAAAUCAGUUGGAGCUAAUCUGUCCAGGGAGAAUACUGGCUUCAUUACACUUGUAUAGUUGAGUUCUUCCAGCAUUACCGCUGUUUAAUAGGACGUGAUUAGUCAUCACCGAGAAGAAAGCAUAUUAGCCAAGGCGGUAGCUACGCCGCACGCUCCGAUGAUUGCCGUGAUGUGAUUGCAAUACUCUUAGAAGCAUCCGAUUAUCCCAGACAUGUUCUUUCCAGCCCUUGGAGCCCUCCUUUCUAAAUUCACUGUCAUAAUUUAGUAUCUGUUUAAUUUUUCAGUCCAAAGAGAAGAAAUCAGUCGCUGAGUAUUAUCGGACUGCGUUCUCCUUGGUGCAAAAACAAAUGGGGGAAAAAAUAAAUAAGAGUCACUCCGAAAUUCAAAAGGAAAUCACGAAUUCAGCUAAUAAUAACCUGGCGAGUGCUUCUCGUAAACUAAGUCCGUGCACAGAAGGCUAUUUUUUUUUCCUGAACACGAGAGAGAUUUUAUGUCCUUUGGCCAAGGUGGAUGUCUUGGGUCCUAGUCACUCCUGGGCCACGUUGCCCAAGUCACACAGGCUUCUGUAUUGUGUCUUUAGAUAAGAUGUGUGAAAAUCUAUUUGAAUAAAAGAAGUUCAUAAAUAUGCAUUGAUUUUUGUACAGACAAAUGGCACCUCUGUUAAUUUAUAAAUUGAACUGGAUAUGAACUAAUAAUAUGCAACUAGUUGAGAGAAGAGGGUUACAGAUCAUUGUACAUGGGAAAGAUUCCCAGCAGUAAACACUUCCAUUAAUGUGAUCUACAGCUUUUAAAAAGGAACAUAGCAGAAUAAGAUCGUGGUACAAUUUGCUUAUUAAAAUCGAAAAAGAAAAAAAAGAAAAGACACUGAAGCAGAUGAGAGAGGGGAAAGAAGCAGGUCAUUCCUCGAUAGCGAAGGGACGGAUCUAGAUCGGACACUGCUUUUGCCAACCCAGAGGAAGGGGCUAUGGCAGGGGAGGGGGUAAUUGUCUGAAUACCAGACCCCCGUGCUCCCACCGUUCUGUGGCUCAUGAGCAUCCGGAAGACUUUUCCUAAGUGGCCAGGCCUUCCGCUUCAGUCCAUCACCUGAUUUGCUGUCAUCCUGGUCUCGGGCUGCCUCAGACUUCAGCCGUCCUCAACGUGGUGGCCAAACAUAGUAACCCAAAUCAUGACACCUGAGGUUAAAAAGAAAAGACUCAGCCUCCAGCCCUCUGGUGGUGGGGGGGGACAGGCUUGUCUCCCUGAGGGACGACAGCAGCCUGACGUAGCUACAGGAACACAGGGCCACAUUCGCCUGGCAGCCUCUGGGGAAACCCCGUGCUCUCAUAUAGUAAAGCUUCUAUUUUGUAAGAGUUUUUCCUCUUCUUCAACUUUUUAAAAAAAGAAAAAUUAGGUAGGGAAAAAAAAAUAAAGCUUUACGCAGAAUUUAUAUGUGGGUCAGUGUCUCAUGGACAUUUCUAACCUUAAUUCAGCUCAGUGGAACGUGGGAAGGAACAGGUGCAGGAGCCAUGAGUCUGUGGUCCGUACGCCCUCCACCCGAUUUUUAAUUGUGUUUUAUCACUGUGUAGUUAUUUUAAAUGUGAAUAGAAAGAAAAGGAAAAUGGCAUUGCCUAUUUUUGAAGAGCGCAUUACUGUUCUAAUCCAGCUAUACCUUCCGCACAGCUUGUAGCAUAGACUUGCCAUAGUGAACGCAGAUAUAGUAUAAAGGAGAUUCUUAAAUUAUUUCAUUGUAGUUAAUUCCCACUAUAGGAAUGCUUUAUCAUAGUGAAGCCUUCUUUUCAAAAGAAACGGAAUUCCCUGUACGGCUUCUCUUGGGAUGUAUAUGUGUGUACAUAUUAUUAUAUGUGUUUAUAAUAUAAUAUUUUCCCAACUGACUUCUUUUUUCACUAAGCCUUUCACGACCUGAGCGCUGGAUGGGUUUCUGCUCUCCCCUCCCUCCAGCCCGGGCACGCCAUGGAUUCCUCCUUAGAAAACUCGACCCCUGCUUCGGCUAUUUUUAGUGAUGCUGAUCGGCUCCAGGAGACAGUCUGCUUUCUUGAGCUGGAGUUUUGGCAACAGAAGAAAGGCAGGGGGUGGGUUUCAAGGGUUUUCUUUUAAAAUAAAGGUGAAUGGUGGCUAAUCUUUAUUUCAGUGUCAAACUAGAUGGCAACACUCUCAUUCCCCCUUAAAGCCUUAUUAACACCAACAGUGGGAGAAGGCAGACCCUGGGCCAGGGUUAGAAAUCACCGGUUUGGGGAGGGGUCGAGUUUUCAUUGUUUAUUCCCAUGUAAGUUCUGUGAAGUGACAGCAACAUGGGAAGCCACCACUGCAGAAUCCACAUAACCUUUUCAACUGAGAAUUAAGAUUUCCCCUUGAUGAGAAACCAUCCCCCGGGGAAGGUACGCAAGCAGGCAGUCACACACGGUGUAGCUGCAAGAGUGAGCUGGACGGAUCCCAGACUUCACUGGAUCCCUUCUGUGGCCACGAAAACCCUGCAGGGAAGGAAGGCUUGAUUCUGACCCUGAAGACGCAAACCUCAGGUCCUGGGGCGGGCAGAUGGUUGACCAAGCCCAGAGCCCCAGGCGGAAUCCCGGCCCCGUCUGUCUAAUCCUUCCCAGGAAGUGAGCACCUCGAUGGGGAGCAAGUGCCAUAUUCGUGAGUCUUUGGUCCCACAAAUAGGUGCAGCUUCCUGUCUCCCAGGAAGUGCACACUGGGUGUAAUUAUCCCAGAAAGCAGGUGAGGACAACAAGGUGCUUGCUGACCACUGGGCUAUAGGGCGCAGAAGAGAGCAGCUCUUGCUGCAUCACUCUGGACCACAGUUCUUAAGUGGGCGCCUUCUCUGCAGAGCCGUGAGCUGGCACUGGCCCUUCCAGUACACUGCAGGACCUCGCAGCUCUGCCCCCUCUUCUGAGGUUUUGUCCAGCCAGACGCGGUCUGCUUGGACCCAGCCUCUGCAUCCCUCAUGGACACGGGUCUUCCCAGUUUUGUGACAUCUGCACACGUGCGGGGUCAUUCCUACAUCUGCAAAGAAGCUGUCACUAACUUCACUAGGAAAAAACACCGUCCAGGGAGAAAGACAUCCCCGGGGCCCAGCAGACCUGGCUUCAGCUGGCUUUGCCAUCACACCUGUGCAGCCUUGGGAUGGCAUCCAGCUUCUAGGACUCUUUUUCUCCAUCUGUGAAACUGCGGUGGCCUUGCAGACUGUGGUGACCAAUGAGAGAAAUGCCAGCCCAACACCCAGCCAGGGGCUAGAUGUUCAGGCAAUGGGAGCAUUUAUUAAGAACAGAAAUGCUGAUAGGACUGAAGCCAGAGCAUACUAGCCUGGAAACCUGCCCCCAUGCUGGCACCGUGUCCUCAGCCAGCACUCUGGGAGUCGGUGAUGGCACAUUUGCCAGCCGCCCUCCCAUUUGAGCCUCUGGUGCUGAGCCAUCUUCUCUCUCUGCUGAGCCCGUCGGUGCUCUGUGGGUCCCCGCCUGUGGAGCACCUUUCUCCCCUGAGGAAAGAGCCCAGACUGCCCACUCACCAUCUCAUCAGCCUGCUUACCAAAAUUUAUCCUCCAUUUCUUUUCGUCUGAGUUUGAUUUUCCAGAGGCAAAGAGAGGGUUGUCUUACUGUCAUGGCAUUCACUAAUCUUGCUUUUGGCCCAAGAUGACCCUUCUCUCUCUUACGCCCUGUUGCUGUGUUGCUGGCUGGGACAGACCUCCCAUCCUUCGGAUGCCACCUCUGGUCACCAAGAGGCUGCUGUGACACCCUCAUGUAUUGGUCCUCGUUUCAGUGUCCUUUUCCUAGUUCCUCUUAAAUUCAGGGCCUGCUGGAGAGCACCCUGGCAGGCAGAGUGUGGCUUUAGGCUUAUGGCCUCUCUGUCUCCUUCACUGAGCUUGCACGAGUGGAUGAGGAGUACCCACCUGGCUGCAGCUCUUGUCCCUUUCAAGGGCGACAUUCAGCUUGUUUUAUGCCUCCACUUUGUGAUCACAUCCUCCCCCUCAAGAGUGGCCGUUGGGUCCUGCCCGACCCCCAGACCGAGCUGUGCUCUCGGGUCACAUGAGUCCCCGUGACUCCAAUUCUGCCAACUCUUCCUCCUUGCGUUUCGAAUGUUCUGGAAACAAGACGGGGACAUCCAUAUUCCCCCCUAGGUAUGUUCAGAAGCCAUGAAACAAUGUAGACCCUCUAAGAGUAAGGAUGGUCAGGUCUCAAAAACUCCCCAAAAGGCAAGGAUAUUUGGAGAGCAAACCCAUUUCCUCUAGAUGGGCCACUUCACCCUGCCCCCCACAUCUGCUCUGUUUCCAUCCCUCAUCCCCCCACAAGGUCAGCACGCCCUUUCUAGAACUCCCCUGGAUUGUAUUUAUGUCCUUCAAGCAAAAAGACUGAAAAGUGGUCAGGAAGGAACUCAGUAGGAACAUGCUGACGAGAUAGAGCUCUCUUCCCCAGGAAGUAGGAUUUCUCUCGAACUGCCUCCUCAAACAUGGGUUUCACACACUGUGAAGUCCAGUCUCCAAGGGGUUUCCACGCUCAUCCUUCACCAGAAAGCUCAGUAAGGGCCUUUGGCAUCAAGACUUGCAACUUUCUCUUCCAGCCAUGAUCGACACCUUUCUUUCUUGGACUCCCAAGUGGUUUUCUUCAGGAAGCCCUGUGCUCAGUGAGUGUAGUGCAGGGCCCGGCUGGGCUGGGAUCUCCAGGUGUGCUGCUCACAGUGGGCAGGGGGCCUGGCCACCCACCUGGGCUGCUGAGGGGUGGUGUCUGUCCCCGCUCUGCUCUACCCCACCCAUGGGUCCUUUGUCAUUCAAGCAUCUGAAUCCAGUUGCCUCUCAGUGAAAACAUCCUAUCCUUCUAGUUAUGCAGCAGAGAGAAGGGGCGGGGUGCCCGGGUGGGGUCGGUGGAAGCUGUGCUCAGACUUCUAUCUCCAUCACUGCCGAGAAGUAGCCGCUGGGAACCCCCGUGAUGAGAGAGAGCAGUGCCAGGCAGGCCAGCCCCCCACCUUGGACCCUCACCUCUCACCUCACGAGGAAAAAGUAACAUGUGACAACUUAGGCAUGAGUAUUUCCAAAACACGAUGUUCUUCCCCUUAGAGAAGACAAGCUGUCCUUAAAUAGAUUUAUUUUUAAUGUUAAUAGAGUCCCUGUUGAACGCUGGAUGUCUGCUGCUUUGUAAACCUGGGUGGACACUUGCUUCCAUUUGGGUUCUUCAGUUUGGGUCAGAGUUGAAAUUGGAGCACAUUUCAUUGGUAGAAGAUUCUGGAAAACCGAAAAGUCUGUUUUUAAUCUGUGAUUUUUAAAAAGCCCAGGUUUUAGCAGGGUUUUGGUUUCCCCAGUGUAGUAGGCACCCUCCCCGAAGCAAGGGUAGGUGCGGAGCCUGCAAAUCUGAGAAGCUCUCCGUGCCGCGUUUCAUUUAUGAAGUGCUGAUUUUUGCUAUCAAAUGACAGCCUUGGGUUUUGGGCGCUGCGCCUGAUCGAUAAAAAUGUUCUUGUCUGAGGCCCUCAUCCCAUCCAAACGGCCUUUGGGGCCCGGAGGUGGGUAGGUUGGGUCCAGCGUGCCCAGCAGGGACUGGCCGGGGCCCGGAGGUGGGUAGGUUGGGUCCAGCGUGCCCAGCAGGGACUGGCCGGGGCCCUGGAGGUUGCAAGUCUUCAGACAAGAGUGGCCCCAGUGAAAUGGACAGAUGAGCCCUGGCUUCUAGCCACGUGACACCCAGCACCCAGCAGCCGCUCGACAUGUACGAGAGGUCCGCUCGGGGCUUGUUUUUUAUUUUGGCCAGGCAUGUGGCAUCUGUAGAGAGGGACACCGCCCCCCCCCCCCCCGAGGGUCAUGAUCAAGCCAGAUGAUAGAGACUCGCCUGUCAAAGUCCAUUUAGGACUGACCUCAAAUUCUCUGUCAGUGGGAAAUCCAUGACCUUUGUCCCGAGAUGCAGGUGAAAGAAAGGAACCAAGCAAGAUUCCAGGGUGUUGGGGGAAUCUUCGGGAUAGAACAAAUCCCCUUAACAGACCCGCUGUCCAGGACAGUCGCCCCUAAAUCAGAUUAUGCGCUGAUCUCCGAGGUGCCAGGCAGUGUCCACCACGGCCCAGGAAACUAAUGUCUGAGCUGGUUUGAAAACUCUUGUAGAAGCUCACUCAGUGAUUACUUGUGUCCGGACGUCCCUGGUCUUUCCACCCGUGGUAUCAUACCUGUACAUAGGAAUCCUCAGUGACAGGCCUCUUGUAAAGACACUAAUGGGCAGCCCAGCCGAUGGCCAUUGCUCUCAGCCCUGCGCUUGACCUUGCACUGAGUGGCCAUCAGAAAACAUAUGUCCUGCCUGGGUUCUCCAGGGCGGGGAGGACAGAACGGACCACGGGUGCCGUGAGCUGGGGCCAGGCUGGGGAAUUAGUUCCCGCUUACUGCUCACUGAGCACCCCACGGGCCUCCCAGCCCCACCCCCAGGGGUCUCAGCGAUUUUCUCACCACCACUGUUACCGGGGUGCACAAGCGGACUCGGGUGAGGAUCGGGGUGUCCCAUGGCGGAUGGGCAACGGGUACGUUUAGAAACUGCUUUGUGGCAGUUCACGCAUCUUGAUGUUAGAAAUAAUGCCUUCUCCAAACCUUGGACAGCAUCGCAGUUUUCCUCCUCCAAUGGGUUUUUGGGUCUAAAAUAUAUCAAAUUCCUGAGGCUGCAACCCCUGCCCCACCCUGAGCACCCGAAUGCUGGGGGGAGUGCCGCUUAGCACUAGAUCAGAGGCCCCCCACUGAGCCCUGGAAGGGGAGGGGCUGGAAGGGUUGGCCACCCCAACCACAGACAUGUGGCUUCCUGCCCCAGACAGCAGCCUCCACUCUCCUGUCCCCCGUGACUUCGAAUUGGCUUCUCAUCUGGCCACGGGGUCUGUUUCUGAAAGGGGAGCCCAAGCAGGUCAAAGGUGAGGAGCAUUUCUAGGAGGGAGCGGGGAAGGCCGUGCCUCAACACACCCUCUUAGCAUGUUUUCCUGUUUCUGUAAAUAGCAAUGUACAGAAGAUGGAAGAGCAGUCUGGGGUUUAUCCAGAGAUGGGUUGGGUUUGGGUUUUUUUUGGUUUUUUUUUUUUUUUUGGUUUUUAUAUUACCUCAUUCCGCAAGUUUGUGUUUCACAAUGACUCAAUGACGCUUUAUUUAUGUUGUUUGUACUGUAAUUAAAACCAUUGACAGACAUUUCACUUUGCUCCUUAUUUCAUAUGAUCUUGUUUUGAUUCAAUAUGCCAGUUUGUAUUUUCCUGCCUUGGGGGUUUUUUUGUGUCAGCUGUACAGUAUUCUAAGGGGAAAAAAAAAAAGAGAAAAAUGUGUAAAGUAAUGAAGAGAGGUGGCUAUAGUGUAGAGACCUCUUUCUAAUAAAGAAAUGAAAAUAUGUCUACACCA